AAAUCAACAAAUAACUUAUUAUAUAUUACAAUAGGUUAAACUACCCAGCAGAAAGUAAAGUAAUUAAAAAAAUUAGCUGCAAUAUUAUAGUAGUGUUUACACAAAAAUAUAUAUAUUAAUAUGAUAAAUAUAUGAUUGGGACAUUCUGCAUAAUACUUUUACAUUUGGUAGCCCACUGUUCAGUAUAUUUUCACGCUAAAACUUUGGUACUUUUACUUGAGAAAUAUUUUAAAUGUUUUUACUUUUAUUUGUAGUAUUUUCACGCAGUAAUUAAAGAUGUGAGUUCUUCCUCCACCACUGGUCCAUGUGGUGAAGGUAAGUAAGAUGAUAUAUGUAAAUUUGCUAAUUAAUGACCUCAUUAGGAUGCAUUAUCAUGUAUAAUCAUAAUUACAGGGACAACGGGCAGCUCGAGAGCCUCUUGUUGAGAGCAAUGACUGUGAGCGUGCACGCGAGGGGCAGAGGUCACGCAGACCGGGCCGCAGACACGCGCACGCGCCUGCAGUAUCCGUCGGUCACCUGAUGUCUCCGACUGAGUGGUUGUUGGUUUUUUUCGGGGUGACGGCUCCUUUAAGAAAACGGAACUGAGUCUCGGCUUUUGACGCGCUCGAGGAUGUGGGCAGGAAACGCCGCGCGAGAGGAGAGAAGCGAUCACGCUUCCCAGCGCCGUCGUUGCACAAUACGGUCGGACCAAAUUGUGCUAUAAUCCUCCCCGCUAAUGUCCAGGCGCGGUCGUUCUCCUCGGAUCUGCGCUCCGCGGGCCGUCACAGAGCGGACUGGGAGGAUUCCACGGCGUGGGGUUUGACUCCUAACCGAGCGAGAGGGAAGCCUUCCCUGCCUGCUCGAUUUGAAAACAUCGGGGCUGGUCAGCGGGUGGGAGAGAGAACAGGCUUCGUAGCUGGAAAAAAAAAAGGAGGUGUCUUGUCUAUCUUACCCCCCCACGAGCCAUGAGGGAGUACAAAGUGGUUGUGUUGGGGUCGGGUGGAGUCGGCAAAUCCGCGCUGACGGUCCAGUUCGUGACGGGCUCCUUCAUCGAGAAGUACGAUCCCACGAUAGAGGAUUUCUACAGGAAGGAGAUCGAGGUGGACUCGUCCCCGUCGGUGCUGGAGAUCCUGGACACGGCGGGGACCGAGCAGUUCGCCUCGAUGCGAGACCUGUACAUCAAGAACGGCCAGGGAUUCAUCCUGGUCUACAGCCUGGUGAACCAGCAGAGCUUCCAGGACAUCAAGCCGAUGAGAGACCAGAUCAUCCGGGUGAAGCGGUACGAGCGGGUGCCCAUGAUCCUGGUGGGCAACAAGGUGGACCUGGAGGGGGAGAGAGAGGUGUCUUCCGGGGAAGGCAAGGCGCUGGCCCAGGAGUGGACCUGCCCGUUUAUGGAAACUUCUGCAAAAAAUAAAGGCUCGGUCGACGAACUGUUUGCAGAAAUAGUCCGACAGAUGAACUAUUCCACUGUUCCCAGUGGUGGCAACCAGUGCUGUUCAUGUGUCCUGCUCUAAAAGAAACAACAACAACAACAACAACAACAUACAGACACAAGUGCAUCCGUGCUGAAUUUGAGCUUCUUAACUUGUCCCUGCAGGCGUUUUGCAUAUCUAUUCUCUCUCCUCACACUGUUGUCUUAUUGUUGCACACAACACACAAAUCAACGACGACAACAAUCGAUUAUGUAUUAUAGUCUGGAAAAGUGUUUACAUGACAAAGUACUUGAAUGUUUUGGGAUUUUUUUUUAUAUAGCUUUGUAUAUGACACUUCUCUGGAAAUGUGCCUCGAUGGGAAUGUCUUAUUGUGAAACCUAAGAGACACUUGUUGUUGUUUUUGUGUGGUUUUAUUUCUUAAGUUGUACUGUUACAUCUUCUAGGCCGGGGUCCAUCUGUCUGGGGGAGGGGGGGUCACUUUGCGCGUCACUUUUAAGGGGGUAUGCUUCUUUGGAUUUGUCUACUUCUUCUUUUUUUUGCCUGAGAGCAGCAGACCUGAACGCGCUCUUAAACGCAUCAAUCACCACUCAAGCCUUGCACAGGUUACUCAAAUAAGAUCUCAAUUUAUUUCCCCCCAAAAAGGUCAGGUGUGAUCCAAGAGGCCGCAGAUCGCCACCCACUCAAGAUACUGUAUUUUAAGCUGUAGACUUGUGUUAGGACUUUAUAUUCUAGUUUGUACCCCCCACUGAAGUGGAUUUAUCACGGAACUUGCACUUAGCUGACGGUGCCCCUCCUCAGUGUGCACAAACGAGGACCUUCAGUGCAUUGCUGUCGCUGCAUGGGGAACAAACCCAUGUCAAGUGCCUUCCCCAAGAAAACUCCUGUGACUGUGCCAACCGAUGAGCCCUAUACUUCUUCUUCUUCUUCUGCAGCGCGUCUUGAUGGCAAUCAGAACUUUUUAGCAGUUUCCAGUGAACAAUCUACUUUUGUUUGGUGUCAAAGUGAAAAGAGGCUGAGCUUGUACCAGACCUGCUGUUUCAGGGUCCGGUUCAGGCCGUUUCUCGAGGUACUAGUCCAACAAGAACAACAGAGCAACUUUAACCUACUAGCAUUAGGGUUCGGCGAAAGGCAAGCCAUGUUUGUCCGUUCUUAUCUAGAUUCUUUUUCUUUUCUUUAAAGUGACAUUUGUGACUUAUGGUAAUUGUUAAUUCUCCAUUUGGACAAAAUCUUCUGCCGUCCACCUGUCGGUUUGAAAGACUUGUAAUACAGAAAGCAUUUUACGUAACGCUGUGUACUGUGCUUGUCUCUGCUGAUGACAUAAAGAGUCUUCAUUUUGGGGUGCUUUGAAUGUGAUUGUCCCUGUGAGUGGCCCAUGAAUUGAUCAGCCAACAAAUGUAUUAACUGACAACUGAUUAACAGUUCAAGUAAUAUAUGAAGGGAACAAAAAAACAUUUUCUAGUUCCAGCUUCACCAAUGUCAAGAUUUGCGGCUUUUCUCUGUUCAUCGCCGUGAGCUCAUAUUGUCCAAUACGUUUGAACAUCAUACAAAAUAUUGUGAUUUAAUUUAAAAACAACAAAGUUUCAUCAUAAUUAGUUGCCUUUUCUUGGUAUUUAGAUAUCAUGUGGUGAAAGGCGCGGCACUAGAAGCCUUAUUUGACACUUCUUUACAAAAAUGAAAAAGAGUUGCAGGUUUUGAAUGCUUACUGAAUAGCCUUCAACACCUCGGUCGUGUUAUUGAGUAAGUGAUCGUGGCCCCUGUGCGUGAAUAAGAAAAAAACCGUCUCUUCCCAGUUGUUUGGGUAGUGGGUUGGGUUUCCAGUAAGAGUGUUUUGCUCAGGGGGGGGGGGGACCGUUUCCCCUCUUCCCGCCGCAUGUUUUCUAGGCUGUGGAUCGGAGGACAGAGGGGGCUUUUCUGUCAGCCACACAUACCGUCGACUGGUAUUUUGUAAAAAAAAAAAAAAAAAAAACGUUCCUCAGACCAGCCAAUGAGCUGCUGCCUCGAGUGUCCCUCUAACCGCAGAGAUUCAAGGUCAGAUUACCAAAUUCGAUCUAGUGACAUGCUCACAUGUUCAGGUCCUGUGUGAAGAAAAGGUUCGCUUCAAUGAGCCCAGCAAUGCCUGCCUUGUUUUCAUCCCGUAGUCCUUUCAUUAAAGAUCUGUUUAUUACUGCAGAUUACUCCGGUUUUACCCAACACAUGCUAUCUAUUUUCUUUCUAUUUGAUUGGGAAAAUGUCUCCCCUUUAAAAUGAAUAAGACUUUUCAGCAGAAGUGCGUAGACACAGCAGGAGAUGAACUUACGGAGAUAUUAAGUAGCAUGCAGAUGGGAAUCACACGUACAGCUCGUACUCAGACGUGUCGUCAAAAAAAGCAACAACCCUGCAAGAUCGCUUUUAUAUUUUAGGACACAAAGGGAACAGACGGCACAAAAGAAGCUGCCAGAUAAAUGCGCAACCUGAUUUAGUUGCUUAGCUACACAUUUUUGAUCCUAGCAAGUGGUCGAAUGUGUUCACUUUGCUUCACAGAUGUUAAAUAAUACGUAACUCAAUGAGCAAACAGGACUACUGUCACUGCCGGUCAGUGGAAAGAACAUUUUAUCAACUAGUUGAAUACAAUUUUGAGGUUCUUGAACUUAACUUGAGUUUUUUUUUGUCAUUUGUAGUUCUACUGCACUACAUUUCAGAAGGACAUGUUGUACUUUCUACUCUUAUUUCAUUCAUUUGACAGCUUCAGUAACUAGCUCCAGAUCAAGACUUUACAUAAAGAAAACGUAUAAUCUACUUUUAGAGAUUCAUUUUCGGGUUGUUUAUGAGUUGUUUACAAUCGAAGAGAGAUUUUCCCUGUAAAUUUCACAGAUUGUUUUAUUUAAACUUACUUUUAAAGGCUCAAAAUUGUAAAAAACAAA